GUGUCUGCGGCAAUGCAUGGGCGGUAUUGGUUGUGUGAGGUGGGCGGUGCUGCUGCGUGAUCGUCCGCUUGUGCUGCUGGGGGGUGGUCGCUGUUCGCAGCCGUCGAGUAGCGGCGAUGUUACGGAGCGGCUGCUGGAAAAUAUUGUCGGCCAUUCAGUGUCAAGCCCAGGUCUGCUCGACCUUGGCAGGCUCGGCGCUGCUGCGCCCGCAGGCUUACAUCGGCGGGCGCUGGCUGGAGGCGGAAGGCGCCGGCGUGUUCGCCGUGCAGGAGCCGGCCAGUGGAAAACACCUGGCGACGGUGGCGGACUGCGGGCCACGGGACGCCAGGACCGCGGUGAAGGCGGCGUACGAAGCCCUGCCCGGCUGGAGAGCAGCUACCAGCAAGGAGCGAAGCAAUCUGUUAAGAAAAUGGUAUGACUUGGUGAUGAAGAACAAAGACGAGCUUGCAAAACUAAUUACUGCAGAAAAUGGGAAACCACUGAAAGAAGCUGUAGGUGAAAUAGCAUAUGCCGCGUCCUUCUUGGAAUGGUUUUCAGAAGAAGCUCGUCGAAUAUAUGGUGAUAUUGUUCCUACCUCUUCGCCGAACCGUAGGAUCCUGAUCCUGAAGCAGCCAAUAGGAGUAGUGUCUAUUAUAACUCCUUGGAAUUUCCCCAGUGCCAUGCUCACAAGGAAGGCUGGGGCAGCCUUGGCCGUAGGCUGCACAGUAGUGGUGAAACCUGCUGAAGAUACUCCCCUGUCUGCAUUAGCACUGGCAGAGCUUGCAGAUCAGGCUGGGAUCCCUGCAGGCGUUUUCAAUGUUGUUCCCUCCUCCAAGUCCAACACACCCGCUGUAGGAGGAGUGCUUUGUACUGAUCCUCUUGUUGCUGCAAUCUCUUUUACUGGUUCCACAGCUACUGGAAAGAUCCUGCUACGUCAUGCCUGUGAUACUGUAAAGAAAGCUUCUAUGGAGCUGGGUGGGCUGGCUCCCUUCAUCGUUUUCAACAGUGCUGACUUGGAUCUGGCUGUAGCUGGGGCAAUAGCUUCUAAGUUCCGAAAUUCUGGACAGACCUGUGUGUGCGCAAAUCGGUUCCUGGUGCAGGAGGGAAUCCACGAUGCGUUUGUGGAGAAGAUGGUGAAGGCGAUGCAUAGAGAUUUGCGUGUUGGAAGUGGAUUUGAUGAACAGACUACACAGGGUCCUCUAAUCAAUGAAAGAGCAGUGGUAAAGGUAGAAAAUCAGAUAAGUGAUGCAGUGUCUCGUGGUGCCUGCGUUGUGACGGGGGGAAAGAGACAUAGUCUUGGAGGAAGCUUCUUUGAACCAACUCUUCUUUCUAAUGUGACAACAGACAUGCUCUGUGCACAGGAGGAAACAUUUGGUCCUUUGGCACCAGUUCUCAAGUUUAAAACUGAGGAAGAAGCAGUUGCCAUUGCUAAUGCUGCUAGUGUUGGUCUGGCUGGUUACUUUUACUCAGAAGAUCAUGCUCAGAUCUGGAGAGUUGCUGAGCAGCUUGAAGUUGGCAUAGUUGGAGUUAACGAGGGGCUGUUAUCCACCCCGGAGGCACCUUUCGGGGGCGUUAAACAGUCUGGACUUGGCAGAGAAGGCUCUAAAUAUGGUGUUGAUGAUUUUUUGGAAAUCAAAUACGUAUGUUUUGGAGGUUUAUAAACCAGUUGGGUAAAUAGGGAAGUCACGUCAACAGUAUUUCAAUCAGUUAAUUUACUUGAGCCUUUAUGCAGAAAGUCUUUCCGUUGGCCAUAACACAAUAGAUUAUAAUUAACAUAGCACUUUUUUUAAAGCAAAUAGGAAUCAUGCAGAAAAUGUGUAGGAAAGUUUUUUGUAUUUUAAUUACUAGAAAGUUAAGGUAUAUUUUUCACACUGCUGAAUCAAGUAAUUCUGCUAAAUAUUGGUUUGCACUUUUUUUUGGAAAUGUUUAUGAAUAUUUUAGAAAUUCAACAAUUUACAAUCAUUGAGUAGGUUACCCAUUAGGUAUUUAAAUAGUUUUUGAAUUUUACUCUAAGCUUCAGUCUGCGUUGUUUUGAAUUUUACCCUAAGCUUUAGUCUGCAUUGUCUUGAAUUUUACCCUAAGCUUUGGGUUACAUUGUUUAAGAUCUCGUUUUGAUGACUUCUUACUUUUACAAAAAAUGUGAUAAUGUUUUAUAAUCGUGCAUUGAAUUUAAAAAUAAUUAACUGCCAAAAUGUUUUCAUAGAAUUGUAAUUACUGUCAUUUUAAAUUAUUUUAUUUGCUGUGUCAAAUAUGUUUGCAGUUAAUUUCCAUAAGACAUAGGAGCAGAAUUAGGCCAUUUGGCCAUUCAGCAUUAAGGUAUUGCCAAAAUCUCUAAGAUAUUAACUGCAACAAAUUAGUCAAUUAAUAUUUAUGUUUGAACAUAAACAUAGAAUAGUAUGUUGUAGCCUUCACAUUUUAUGUGCAAAUAUAAAUCUGAUUUUAGAACAA